CAGUGAUUGUGGUUGGACGCGAGCAUUUAGUUCUAUAUCACGCAAUUGUGCAAAAUAUUAUUAUCAUUUUCUUAAACUCGAGCUUACCACAAACACGUUGAUUUUCUGUCAUGCCGAACUUUAAAUUCAGAAAUUAUUAAUAUUUAUUGGGCUUUUCCUCACUGUUGUUAAUACUGGAAAAUAACUAUAUUCUGACAACAACGAUCCCAGUACGAAAAGAUCUUCGAAGAACUAUUUCAUUUAACCAUAACGUCUUUGGGAAAGUAACACAGAUAUAUUAGUAAAAUAAGCUUUCGUACUAUCUCUUUGCGCAAAAAAAAAUGACUAGAAAGCUAAGAGAAUUUCUCAUUCUUUUGGACAACGAAAGUUUACUCUACCUUCCAGGAUCAUUUCUUUCAGGUAAAGUUGUGAUAGAACUAGAAGUGGACACACCUGUGGUAGGCUUGUAUUUUCACAUCACCGGUGAAGGAGUGGUACGAUUCAUUAACAGAGGGCAAGGCCAAGUCAGUGACAAAGAAAACUACGUUGACUUUAGUAUGAGGCUGUUAGGGGAAGGACCUUCUGGCCCCGGAGCAAGAGUAAUAACGCUGCCACCUGGUGUACAUUCUUUCCCAUUCAAACUUGGCUUGCCGCUGGGUCUUCCAUCUACAUUUUUAGGAAAACACGGUUGGGUGCAGUACUUCUGUAAGGCUUCCCUCAAAGAGUCCACUGGUAUUGUGCAUAAAAAUCAACAGGUUUUUAUUAUCAUGAAUCCAAUUGACUUGAACUUAGAACCUUCAAUCCUGGUGCAACCAUUUCUCUGCGAAAUUGAAGAUACAAUUGGCGUCCCUUGUCUGUCGGCUGGUCCCGUCAGCUGCAGAGUUCGGUUAGACCGAGGGGGAUACGUACCUGGAGAAUGUAUAUGUAUUUCUGCAACAAUAGAGAACAGUAGUAAGAUUACGAUUCGAAAAACAAGAGCAAUUCUAUCAGAGACUAUUCAAUACACCUCAAAGAGAAAGAUAGUGCAGACAGAAACUAGGGAGCUAGCUUCAUUAGAAAAAGGACGUGUGGAGGCAGGAUCAACUGACCAGUGGAGAAAUGAGAUGAUGUGCAUUCCGCCACUUCCGCCGACAAAUCUUAGGGGUUGUCACCUAAUCCGCGUACAGUAUGAUAUUUAUUUUAUUAUCACGCCUAAAGGUCCGGAGAAGGAAAUUAAGCUUCAGCUUCCUAUCAUGAUAGCCACUUAUCCGAUACGGAACAGCGACGGAACUCUGUCUCGAAAGAAGGGAACGAAUUACCCAACAGUGUUACCUAUGUUUCGUUCAUGGCUAAACACCGGGACAAUGAACAAAUGAAGCUAGAAUUAUUUUAAAAGGCUGGAAUAGUGGUAAAGCUAUCGUCUUUAUUGAAAUGUAAAUGGUCAGAGGUAUUUGGAAAUAUUUUUCCAAAUAAAAAAAAUCUUAUUACAUUUUCAUCACCCAUGUGAUAAAGAAUGGCUAGUUGUUACUAUAGGUUACGCUUUUCAUUUGUGGUAGCAUAGAACUGAAGCAUUUAUACAGCUUUGCAAAUUUUGGGUAAUUCCCCUUUAACCACACAGCAAAAUCUCAUAAUAUGGUAGUAUUAUUAUUAGUCAGGACUCUCCAAGAGUAGCCACAAUUCUA